CUUUUGAAAUAAUUUAACUCCGCCCUCUUGGGUUGGUCCUGAGGUGAACCGGCUAUAAACUGCUGCUCACACAUAUUUGUAGGUGAGACGCGCUUCAGUACUCUCACAGGUAUGAUAGCUAAAAAGGACUCCAAGGACUUCAAUUCAAAGCACUCCGCGGCUUGCCGCACGUAAGGUCCGGACUUUAAGCAGGGAGCUUAUUGGAUAGGUUUUAUACAACACUAUCAAAGAGGGAAAUUCAUCAAAAAGCAUGAAGUUGGAGGUGUUGUGUGGAAGCCACUAUAACAUGAAACACCUCGAGAUGGCCAGUGAUGCAGAGGGGAGUGUGCGCUCUCCUCUUUCUGCUGAGGAGGAGCUGGGGUCGGAUGGGGACUGCGUGGCGCACAGCCCUCCACCUGUUACUCCAUGCACCAGCACCAAGUCCAAACCGUACACACGGAGACCCAAACCUCCGUUCUCAUACAUCGCUCUCAUCGCCAUGGCUAUCCGGGACUCCUCCACUGGACGUCUGACUUUGGCGGAAAUAAACGACUAUCUGAUGAAAAAGUUCCCGUUCUUCAGAGGCAGCUACACCGGCUGGAGGAACUCUGUUCGACACAACUUGUCUUUAAACGACUGUUUUCUCAAAGUGCUCCGGGACCCGUCUAGACCGUGGGGAAAGGACAAUUAUUGGAUGCUCAAUCCUCACAGCGAAUACACCUUUGCUGACGGGGUGUUCAGGCGCAGAAGAAAGCGCAUUGAUAAAAAGUUCAGCAGGGAGCCAGAGGUGUCCGAGCACGCAGAGGAGCCGCAGAGCGUUCAGCAGUCCGCACCCACCACCAAGACUGAUUCAUGUGUCAAGUUUACUAGUUCAUUUGCUAUAGACAGCAUCCUCAGCAAGCCCUUCAAGAGAGACUCACACAAAGAACAAUUACCGCUCCACCCUGCCUUCACCUGGCCGCGCUACACUGAACUAAUGAUGCCUCAUUCAAAUACACCUGCCUUAUUUUCAUACGUCAAGUCACCCUGCCAUACGGACUCCUGUGCUGCGCAUGUGUCAAACGCCUAUGACUGCGGGCUGCUUUCACACACUUGCGAUAUCACAAAUAAAUGCGGACUCUUUUUUUUUUAAAUAUUUGUUGAUCAAAAAUCAUCAAUGUGCAUUGUUGGUGGAGUUAAAUUGAACCGGAUAUUGUUGUGGUGGAAAUGUGUUACACUUGCACUAUUGUAUUAUUGUACUUCUGGUCAUUUCCCCUUAAAGCAUCAUCAGAUUUGAUAUUUUAUACACAGUUUUUGUUGUAAAUGUUACUGAACUGAACAUUAACGUUGUUGUUUAACAAACGUUGAAAAUAUGCACUUUGACUGUUUUUGUGUCGCUUUCUUUUGAAAACAAAUGCUCUUUACAACGAAAUAAAAAGCUAACUAGUGA